UGCCUUGGUUAGACAAUCCCAGGCAGUGUUCCCGCUGCUUUACACGUCGUCAGUUCGUCAAAACAGAAGAAGCAAAAUGUACGUUCAUUUAAUUACUGCUGUUGUUGCUUUGGCAUUUAACUGCCACGCUAGUGGCCUGUGGCCGCACGGCAGAGCUCCCAGACAGGCUGAGUGUCCGGUUGCUGAAGACAUUUCCCCAUGCAUUUGUACCUCUUAUGAUGACGAGUUCCUCGACAUUGACUGCUCUCUUGUAGAAGAUGAAACCCAACUCCAGCAGGUGUUCCAAGCCGAUUUCCCGUCCACGGUUUUUCGUUCCUUCACCAUGGAUAAUAACCAGAAUGUGUUGAUGUUGGAGGAUGGAGUGUUCGGUAGCGUCACCUUUAAGAACUUGUUCAUCGACCACGGCGUUUUGGAAGGAAUGACGGAGGCGGCACUUAUAGGCAGCUCUGAUACCGUCAAUAUCAUCAGUUUACGAAACAACCGCAUCUACAACCUGCCCUUCGGCACUAUGGAUAGCUACACGGUCAUGGAGUCCCUAGAUUUAUCCGAGAACCUGCUGGGGGAGCUGCCAGCGCUAUCAUCACACAGCCUUAAAGUGUUAAACAUCCACAGUAACUCCCUUGGCGUCCUCCCAGUCGACACACUCCACGGGCUCUCCAACUUAACGAGGUUCAUCGCUUACAACAUCGCUCUUACCGACAUUAUUCCAGGUACCUUCGAGGGGCUGGUUGACUUGGAGAUCCUGAACCUGCACUCCAACAGCUUGUGGAAACUGGACGGGGACACGUUCAGCACCUCCGGCCGCAGUCUUCAAUACAUCGAUCUUCACAACAACUACAUCACAUCCGUGGCUCCUGAUGCCUUUCCCGAUAUGAGCCAGGAAAGCAGCAUAGACCUCGGGAACAACAAUAUUACUACACUGGAGGAGGCGGUGUGGCGACCCUUGCUGGAGGACCACGUUCAAGUCUUUCUCCAGGGUAACCCGCUGGCGUGUGGCUGUGACGUGGCUUGGGUGGUGGGCAGCGACACCCUCCUGGGUAGGCUGCCACGGGCGACCUGUGCCAGCGGUGUCGCCCUCGACCUGCUCCACCCUGAAGACUUCGACCAGUGCUAGACCCUGGUGCUGCCCUCGACCUGCUCCACCGUGAUGACUUCGACCAUUGCUAGACCCUGGUGCUGCCCUCGACCUGCUCCACCCUGAAGACUUCGACCAGUGCUAGACCCUGGUGCUGCCCUCGACCUGCUCCACCCUGAAGACUUCGACCAGUGCUAGACCCUGGUGCUGCCCUCGACCUGCUCCACCGUGAUGACUUCGACCUGUCCUAGACCCUGGUGCGGCCCUCGACCUGCUCCACCCUGAAGACUUCGACCAGUGCUAGACCCUGGUGCUGCCCUCGACCUGCUCCACUCCGAGAACUUCGACCACUGUUAGUGGGUGAUAGUGGACCCCAUACCCAUCCAGUGACAGACAGGGGACCUAAUACCCAUCCUGUAAGCGGUAGUGAACGCAUAUACAUCCUGUGAAAGGUAGCGGGCCUCAUACCCAUCAUACGCAUAUAAUUUUGAUUUACUUAUCAUGCACCACGCACCCAUCCAGCCAGCCAGGGGUGGAAAGUAACCAAACUUGGGAUAUUUGGUUCUAAGAUCUCUGGUAGUGAAUUUCGAAUGAAAUUUACAUAUCUUGAACAUUUGUAAUGUAAUUAUCUCUAAAUUUUCGAAUUUGUUCACGUUCAAUUAAAUAGUGAUAUAAGGUAUGUGAAUAGUUAUGCUGAUAGAGUUUACGUUUGGGCAGAUAUACUUCUGGAGGUGGUGCGAACCUCUUGAGAUACUUGUAACCGAGCCGUAACCUAACAGUAGUAACGUCAAGGAAUUCGCUGACCUUAUUGGAUGACCCAUAUCGAUAUGCGGCCCUUCCUGCGUAAAAGUAUGACAAUAAAAUAAAUAGAACAGUG